AUGUCAAGCACGUCGCGUAGCGAGAGCUCCUCGCCAGAUGUCCUGGGCCCUCCAGGCGAUGCCGAGUACCUAAUAUCUUCCCCUAUUAAACCCUUCGUCGGUCGCCAAAGCUGGCUGUCGCCCGCCCCACGUCGUCGCCAACAAACACCGGCAAAGCGACCGCGCGCAACCCUCAGUCCCGCGAAGAGCGCGCAUUCGAUCCGAUUUGACGAUGUCCUGCUUCCCGGCUCGCCUAUAAUGAAGCUCAACGGUCGUCAAAGGUCAAUUUCGCCAGAGAAGGGCGAGGAUGGCAAUGUGAGCCCUUGGCGCAUUCGAGUCACUCUCGAGGCGACGCAGGAUGAGGAAAACGAGAACCGAGGCAGCCCGGCGCGCAAACGAAUACGCCCUUCGACGACUACUACUAUGGUUCCAUUGAAGGACGAAGGGAGCCCACUACGAGAGAAGACACCAGCAAGACCACGCGGGCGCCCACGCAAAUCAGAUGUGCAAGCUAAGAAUGGGUCGCCAUGGCCUGCUAGCGCAGGAAACACCCCAGGACCAAAAGGUGCAACUCCCUUGAAGAAUCCACGGGGGCGACCACGCAAGAGCACGCCGAAGCCGAAGGAGCAAAAUGUUUCAUUAGCUGAAGAUGAACCAACGCCAGCAACAGCGCUAUCGUCUGGUCCGAACUUACCGCACUUUAGUCCGAUGGACACUGCAUUUGACGGCAGAGCUGACUCUCCUUUACAAUAUACUCCGAUGAAAAUUGCGACUGAUGGCUUGGACAGUGACUCACUUGGAGCCGACGAUCUACCUGUCGCCUUCCUUCGUCCGCCAACACCGGCUGUGAUUAGGGAAAGCCCGGGCAACGACAAUACACAUGAAGAUACCGGACGCGAAUUUGGUCGGGCCAGCUACGACACUCCUGUCAUUGGAUCCGCAGAGCACCACUACCUCGAUCAUGACGAGAACAUACAUUCUACACCCUCAAAAAUGCCAUCACCGACCCGAGAAAGAUCCGUUUCAUCUGCAAGAUCCGCGCGUCACAUAGGCAGCGCUUCUCCCCAAACAUACCCUUCACCCACGCCGACUUCUUCGCUGGCCGAGGAAGAAAUUCAAACAGAAGAAUCUCGUGUACAAGACAACCCAGUGUCCGAUGAUCCACAUUCUGAGCUGGACCCCACAGACGAGCAUGCAGAUGAGCAUGAAGAGUUCGAUUCUAUUAUGGAAAGUGAGGGCUUCACGAUGGUCUCCCUGGAUACCCUCCCUUCAGCCAAGCAAUAUGGUCUCUCGAGCGGCAAAUCAACAGGCGAAUCUUCGAGUGGGCGUAUUGGCGACAAGUUGAAGCGACAGUUGCCGGGAGGCAUCAGUGACCUCCCAAGUGAUAGUCACAGCUCAGCAAGGCCGAGCCCAACUACUCUAGGCCCUUCAUCCGCUUCACGUCUUUCGCGUGCGUAUCUGGAAUCGCACAAUCCGAACAGACAGAGCCCCCUUGUCAAUGUUUCCUAUCCCGAGCUACCUGCAACAUCUUCUAAGAAGAUACAGGAUGUCCCCGAAUUUGAGCAAGACCCUCCGAUCCAACCGCGACGAGAAGAGAGGGACGUGGUUGCGGAACCGGAGGCGGCAAACAUCAAUGAUGAGAUGUAUGGUGAAAGAGACGUUGAGGAAACUGAAGAUGUCGAGGAAGCUGAAGAUGUCGAGGAAGCUGAGGGGCGAAAAAUGGGACGACGUUGA